AUUUUUCAGGAAGCUCCACCUGUAACCUCUGUUUGCCCAGCUUUGUCUAAAGAGGACCAUAUUGUAUGUGCAGUAAAUCAUUUGUGUCAGAAAAUGAGGUCAAAAGAUGUGAAAGACCUCAAUUCCUCCCUUAAAGAGGAUGUCAUUCCUCCAGGGUUUUACUAAGUGGAGGCGAAAGUAAAGAAGUAGCACCACCUUUCUUUUUGGCUACAGAGCAACAGCUGAGUCAGCUUGCUGCAACAAAAACUUGGUACACUAACAGAAAUGACGAGAUAGUUAAAGACCCAAGUUUCACAACUUGUAUCAAUUAGUGCUUUUGUUACAUCUGGGGAGUCUGCAAAACAAGUGCCAUUAGCGAUGCCUUAAUGUCUUCAAAGAAGAAGAGAGAUUACAAGGAGGUUAGUAUACAUAUAAUUCCCUUUAAAUGCUCAUUCUUAUCUUUUUAAAAGGAAAAUAAUGGUUAGAGCACUCUUCAAGUGCAAUUUCUAAUAUCAAAACCGAAGUUACCUUGACAGCCAAUUGGAACAAAGGAAAAUGUACUCAUGUAAAGACAAAAAAAACUCUCUUUGAAUGUAUUAUUGUUCCUUUAUCUAUCAGAUUUUGAGAGAGAUCACCCAUCUUCUACCUGGGGAAUGGCUUCAUGUGCAAUUUGUUAUAGCAGAUUUUGACAAGGCAUUGUGGGGAGCACUUCAGUCUAUUUUCCCACAUGUAAAGCUGCAGGGAUGUCCUCUACAUUGAACCCAGUUGGUGUGGAAAAAGGUAAACUGAAUUUGUCAAGUUAAGUUUCAUGCACUUGUACCAUCAUCUGAGCUCCUUGCACCAGCAGAAUUACAGUUUUAGGCCAUCAAGCUUUUUGACCAACCUUCUCUUUUCUUAUCAGCCACCCUGACAUGCUCCUACUCUUUCACUCUUACAUGUACCCUUCCCAAUCAUCUGGGACAAGUUUGUCUUGUAAAAGACUGUUUUAAAUAGAAAGUGAUUGAUGAUUUCCUCCUCUGGUUGUCAAAACAUUUAUUGCUGUCAGUCUUUUUCAUGACAACUCUCACCUGGACAAUUAGAUCAUAUGAGCAAUAUUUUAUUUGCAAUAUAUGAGCAACAACAAUUUGCUAACAAUGGCAUCCAAAUGAACUCCAGGAUUGCCUAACCUCAGGGGCAGGUUCAUGCAUGGUUUAUCUUUGUAAUAGGGCAAAAUGCUUAGUUGAAACAAGCUUCGCAUUUGUUUAUUUUUUAAGUCAUAUGCUUACAAACCUUUUUUAAUUAGAGAUAAUAUUUAUGCUCUCCAUCGAUGCAAAGACUAAAAUUUUUUUGGCUCAUAUUUUUAUCAGAUGCAAGAUCUUGGUCUGCAAGCACUGUGCAUUGAGGAUAAUGGUAUGCACAGGUACAUUAGAAAACUGCUUGCAUUACCCUUACUACUUGGCAAAGAGAUUUCUACUCAGUUCCAGCAACUGAAACUACAGGCAACCACAUAGACACUUCAGGAACUAAUAAAAUACAUUGAGGACACAUAGAUCACUAAAAUUGCGUACCCCAUUAGAGAUUGGUCUGUUUAUUGUCAGCCAUUAAGAACAAUGAAUGAUAUUGGAAGCUGGCCGAAGGCUCUCAGUGGUGAAACUGGUAGGAAAGGCCAAGUUCCUUUUUACACUCUAGUUCAGUCACUGCAUCAAGUGGCCCAACUUUCUGUUCAAAAUGUGCAGUUAGUAAGUGACAAAAAGUUGAUCAGGAUUCAACAGCAGGAUUGCCAUCACUUGCAGUCACAGAUCAGUCAGUAUUGGACUGAGUUUAGGAAAAGAAAAAUAACAGCAGCAAAACUUCUAAAGGUCUAUUCCAAGCCGUAUGGGCCAUCUCAAACUGAGUCUAGACUUUCAUAUAUCAUGAGAUUUUAGUCAUUCAUUAAUAAGCAUGUAUUUAUUUUGAAGACUGACAUUAUAUGCCAGCAGAAGCUUAGAACCUACCAGUAAUGUGUAGAAGUUUACUUGCCAUG